UAACCGCGAACGAUGACGAUCUCGGUUAAUUCUCAAGUCACUCUCAUCUUUUCCCUUACCUGUUCUUCAUAUCUUCAUGCUGGAAGCGUCGGUGCCUACCUGAAGUCUUCAUCAAGGUUCUAAGGGUGAUGGUGAAGCAAUAUUAGGUAUUUGUUGAGCCAUUCUGGCAGAAACCUUCAUAAAACAUGGCGCAUUUCCUUCUAUACAGAAUUUACCCUCACCUGGAGGUAUUCUUGCUUCAUUCUCUUGAUGGAUGUGCAUGAUUUCGCCCGCCCGAUCAAUACGCUCUACAAGUUGCCUCCAAACGGAUUCCUCUGUGGUUCCAUUGGCAUCGAAAAGGGUGUUGUUGUUACCUGCUAUAGACGAUGCCGCGCAUCAUUUCAGUAUCCUUUUAACUGCAACGAGCCAAACCGGCAGCCAUAGCCCCAUAGUUAUAAAUGUGGGCCGUCGUGGACCUUCAAGUUACAAUCGAAGAAGCAAUGCGCGCUUCAGUUCUGGAACAAGUUCUGAGGCCUUUACCAGCGGCCCAAAGCGGCAACUUUUCUUCUCAAGAAUCAAUACGUUCUGGACAGCAAGUUCUACGAUCCUAAGGGUUGUGACAAAAAUGACACGCAUAGGUUCUAAUGCGAGGACACCACCGGUCGACCAACUAAAAGUGACUGGUCUUUUUGCGACUCCCGUGGCGGCUGUGCUCGAUGAAGGGAAAACUGGUUAUGUAACUUACAUAAGCCGUUUCCCCUACACCACAUACCCUUUUCCCUUUACCACCACCAGCUCGGUUACCACUACCUCCCACACCACCUUCCUCUACGUUUCACCAACACCAACCACACCUCUUGCCAACUCCAGGAGAUGGCUGUCUGCGUCUUAUCCAGGCCCUUGGGUUACGCAUACCUCUUACUUCCAUGUCGCUCUCUCUUCUGCAUUCAAUCCCAACAAGAUUGCAACGCACCAAACCGCGUCGUCAAUGCUCUCUGUCUCAAUCGCCCAGCCUUCGCGUGGGCUUAAAGGCCCUGCCGCUGCCGUUGCAGACGGUGCUCUGUUGUUACGUCCGCAGAUGGAGUCCUUUGCGAAGGAUAUCGCCUGUGCAGUGGUUACGUCCACAGAUGGGAUCCUUUCCGAAAGAUCUCACCUGUGCAGUGGUACUCGGUUGUUACGUCCACAGGUGGUGUCCUUUGCGAAGGAUCUCACCUGUGCAGUGGUACUCGGUGGUUACGUCCGCUGGUGGUGUCCUUCGCGAAGGAUGUCACCAGUCUGGUGGUACUCGUCUGUGGUUCUUUGUUUCUUGGUGGAUGAUUCGUAUGCUCUCAUUGCUGCUGACCUUCCAUACACCUCAUGCCACAGCGCAUGGUUCGCCAUGUCAGGGCUGUGGACCCGGCCGUUCCUUAUUGGGACCUGGCGCCGCUUUUUCCCUGCGGAUUCUGAUUACACAGUCGCUCCUCAAUCGUACUCUUUCUCGGAUCCAUACGGCUCGGCGAAUCUUGUCAUAGGGUUCGAGGUCGUUUUCGAGGACAAGCCCGUGUUCUUCUUGCAAAUUAAAGAGCCGCAAGCCUUAGCUGUGAAGUCUGCUCGUGAAGAGGCUGAUGGCCAAAUGCGAAAAUGCAUGCGUGAUUUGGCCCCUAACUGCCUUCUCGGUAUACUCUAUGGUAUCAGCGCAUUUGGAACACGUCUUUGCUUCUACAGCUACGAUAAACAAACUCGUAUUCUUCCCAAGCGCGUAUCUCCUGACCGUGAGCGAGAGACUGAUAUCGCUCCGCUGAAUCGCUGGACUGCGACAUCUUGCAAGAUGAAGGAGGCCAACGAUUCCAAGAUAUUGUCGCAGAGAUCAAGACGGAAUGCGAACGACUUUGAGAGAGGAGGCGAUUCGGUUUGUCGGACAUACUAGGAUAUGCAAUUGGUUCCUUUAUGAUUUUCUGUGGUGCGUAUUGUACUGUGGUGUCCGCCUUCUUCAGGCCAUUUAGUAAUCUUAUCUCAUCGCAGUCCUCGUUAAGUGUAAACCGCAUAAAUGUUAUUGUUAUCAAUAAGAAUGCAUUGGUGCACUAUUUCAGAACGAUAGACAUUGUCGUACCGAUGUUGGC